AGCAAUUUUUUUUUUGAAUUCGAAAAUCAAAACUGGAGAAGUAGAAGGAGCGAAAAAGGGGAAGAAGAAGAAGAUUAUGGAUUUUGAUGAUUGGGAAUUGAGUGCAGAGGAAUUGGACAAACUUGAAAGAGAUGCAAUUAGACAAAUUGCUGGACGAAAUUCAUCAUCUUCUUGUUCCCAAUCAAAUAAACGGGAUGACGUGUUAUCUUCUGCACCUUUAAUAAGGCCUUCAUCAGGGGAAGAUAAGGUCUCUGGGAAAAGCUCUGGUGGAAAUAUUGGGCUUCAUAGUGACAAUCACAUGAAACAGCUAACUGAAAAGCGCUCUGUUAAAUUUUUCCUCCAUGCAAGUGGAAAUAUUGCAGCAAAGUUUUCAUAUGACCAGAUACUUGUUGAUGCUUUCCGUAAAAUCCCUAAAGCUAGUUGGAGUGCAAAAGAGAGGUUGUGGAUGUUCCCUUUGUCAUCAUUGUCUGUAGCAGAAAAAGUUCUUCAUGAAAUUUCGGGCUCCAAUCUGGAGUUGGAGAAUUUAGAUCCUCUGGUGCAACGUGCCAUUGCUGCUGCUUCUGCAAUGCCUGACCUUCAAGAUCAUUAUGAAUUUAUUCCAAAUAGUAUUGAAUCAAAGCUUUUGCCUUUUCAACGUGAAGGGGUUAGAUUUGCAUUACAUCAUGGAGGACGUAUCCUCUUGGCGGAUGAGAUGGGACUUGGAAAGACUCUUCAGGCUAUCGCUGUGGUUUCAUGUGUCCGUGAAUCAUGGCCAGUUCUUGUUCUUGCUCCAUCAGCCUUACGGCUUCACUGGGCUUCUAUGAUUCAACAGUGGAUGGACAUCCCAUCAUGUGAAAUACUUGUAGUUUUAUCUCAAUGCAGCGGUUCAAAUAAGGGAGGAUUUAAAAUAGUUCCUUCAAACACUAAGAAGUCCAUUCAUCUUGAUGGCCUGUUUAACAUAGUAUCAUAUGACAUUGUCCCUAAGCUGCAAGAUCAACUUAUGGCAUCAACAUUUAAGGUUGUUAUUGCAGAUGAAUCACACUUCUUGAAAAAUGCCCAAGCAAAAAGAACCACUGCUUCCCUUCCCUUAUUACAGAAAGCUCAGUAUGCCAUAUUGCUCAGUGGAACUCCUGCUUUAUCAAGGCCAAUUGAACUUUUCAAACAGCUGGAGGCCCUGCAUCCUACUGUGUAUAAGAACGUGCACGAAUAUGGGAAUCGCUAUUGCAAGGGGGGCAUCUUUGGAGUUUAUCAAGGUGCAAGUAAUCACGAAGAGCUGCACAGCUUAAUCAAAGCAACGGUGAUGAUUCGGCGAUUAAAAAAGGAUGUCCUUUCUGAACUCCCUCAAAAGCGGAGGCAACAGGUUUUCCUAGACUUGGGGGAGAAGGAGAUGAGACAAGUUAAUGUUCUAUUUCGUGAGUUGGAGGUCAUUAAGGGGAAAAUUAAAUCAGCUCAGUCCGAGGAGGAGGCUACUUCUCUUAAGUUUGCAGAGAAGAGCUUUAUCAGUAAGAUUUACAAUGCCUCUGCUGAGGCCAAAAUCCCAGCAGUUUUGGAUUACCUAGGAACCAUGGUUGAGGCAAACUGCAAGUUUUUGAUAUUUGCGCAUCAUCAAUCAAUGAUUGAUGCAAUACAUGAGUAUUUGCAGAAGAAGAAGGUUGGUUGUAUUAGGAUUGAUGGCAGCACUCCAUCAGCAUUACGGCAAGAUUUGGUAACAGAUUUUCAGGAAAAAGAAACAAUUAAGGCUGCAGUGUUAUCCAUCAAAGCCGGGGGCAUAGGGUUAACAUUAACAGCAGCAAGCACAGUGAUAUUUGCAGAAUUAUCAUGGACACCAGGUGACCUUAUUCAAGCCGAGGAUCGAGCUCACAGAAUCGGCCAGGUAUCCUCUGUCAAUGUGUGUUAUCUGUUGGCGAACGACACUGUUGAUGACAUAAUUUGGGACGUUGUUCAGAGCAAGUUGGACAACCUCGGACAGAUGCUUGAUGGCCAGGAGAAAUCAUUGGAAGUUUCGAAAAAUCAAUCCUACAGCAGCCCUUCAAAACAGAAAAAUCAAUCCUACAGCAGCCCUUCAAAACAGAAAACACUCGACAGCUUCAUAAAGCGCUGUAAUAACUCACCAACUCAUGAGCCCAGCAGAAAACAUUGUCGUCGAUGAGACACUCAAGAACAGAUAUCAAACCCUCGUCUCAUAUACACGAUAGAGGAGAUCGGGGACGUGUAUAUUCUACUGUUUAGUAAGUAGUAUGGAGCAAUGUAGAGCUGUUAGAGAUGCAGCUUAUGGUGAAAAUAUGCUUUCAUUUUUUGAUCUACUUUGUUGCGUUACUGAAGGGAAGCCUUGGAGUAACUGGUAAAGUUGCUGCCACGUGAUCAGGAAGUCACGGGUUCAAAUCUUGAAAACAGCCUCUGGUAGAAAUGCAAGGUAAGACUGCAUACAAUACACCUUUGUGGUGGGGCCUUUUUCAGACCUUACGCAUAGCGGGAGCUUUAGUGUAUCGGGGCUUCCCUUAUUUUGUUGUGUCACCAUCUCUCUCGAAUAUAGAAUGCACAUCGAUAUCAAUCAAUCAACUACAUCUUAAUCCCAAAUUGUGCUUGUACAUUUCAUGUUGAUUGAUUAAGACAUGAAUUGGUCAAAUAUGGUAUUCGAAGAAUUGGUCCAAUUUACAUAUGAUUAUAUUAUUGCAAAA